AUGCCCUCUCUUCCAACAACUCAUUCUAGAGACAGUAAAAAUGGCACAACUGCCAAGAGUAGUAAAUGGAGAGAUCCCAGAUUCUUGAAACAGCUCAGGGGUAAUUCUAGAUAUUCUUCUCCGAAUGAUGUCUCGCAAUCGAGCCAAACCCAAAGUCGUAGUCAGAAAUCACCUACACGAAGAGAAUCGAUCACGAUAACUAGGACGACGAGCUAUGCGAAAGAUGAGAGCAAUCAUGGUAAACAACAGGUCAAUGGGAUUGGCACCAUUCCUCCACACGGACCAUCAGUUUCUAGAAGAGUGUCAAGCACGGAUUACGGAGGACAAGGACAACCUAUGUCCAGACAAGUUUCCAAUUCCGGUUCGAGUUCUCCACCAGGCCAAGGCCAUGGUCUUCAUCCGUAUUACUCUGGAGUACCACUCUCUAGACAAGCUUCCAUUUCUAGCCAACCACCUCCUGCUAAUGGUUCCGGUAAGGGUCAAAGUCGACCAUCGAUCUCACGCCAAAACUCAUGUUCCAAGCACCCUAACUGUCAGAUCGUCAAAAGUUCAGGUAAAUACACCUUGCAUGUAUUCUCGGCUCCGAGAUCUAGAGAACCAAGUAUCGAUAGACAUUCGCGUACUCGAUCGAGAGCAAGAGAGUAUGAAGAUGAUUCGCCACCUUCUAGAAGGAGUCAUGAUCAUAGAGGUAGAUCAUCCUCAAGGGUAUCCGCAAUAUAUUCUCCACCAGAUCGUGAAAGCGAGUAUGGACGUGGACAUGAGGAUCGUACUUCGCGAAGGAGAGGCGAUUCUAGAGCACCAGACUAUCGACUUCCCAAUGAUAGUUAUGACAGUCCACCUAGUCAUACACCCCCAUCAAGGCCUUCCAUUGAUUAUAGGCGAUCGUCAUCCCAGGCUCCUCAUACCAAUGCUAACGGCUACGAUCGUGGGUUUGCUAAAAGAUUCUCAAUAGAGAAUUUCAAUCCUCACACGAUGGACUUGAUCGGAUUCCGAAGAGAUGGAGGAGGGAUCGAAACUAACAUAAGGGAGAGAUUUGACGUUCGACCUAAAUGGGUUUAUGGAUCUACGACGGAUAUACUGAGAACUUCACCUAAUCACUAUCCUAUCAGGACACCGGAUGAUAAUCUGGUUUGGAGGUCGAAAUGUCCUCAUACGGAUGGAAGCAAUCGACCUGAAGAUUGUAAGAUGCUACACACCAACCUCGACCCUUCAUCAAUAUCCAUCACUCCUAUUUCCGAUACGGACCAUACCAACUAUUCCAUCUGUCUCAUGUCUCCUCAUCAUCCUUCUAUCAGAGGUGCUGAGCUGAACCACGAUACGUCGUCAAACACUUUAGAAGCUAAAGUAAGAUCUGUAGAGAAUAUUCAGCAAGACAUGGCUAAUCGAUUUAUCGAAUGGUCAAAUACCCCAAGGGGAAGACAGAGACUGGAUUUGGAAAAUGUAUUUAUGGCUGGAUGUGAUAGUUGGAUGAAAAGGAGAGAUAGGUUGGAAAGAUACAGGAUGGAAUUAAAUGGUAGCCAUACCACCCUCCACGUCAGUAAUGGUAAUACCAAUAAUGGUCUGAAUGGUGAUAGAACCAUCACCACAAACAUUGUUAAUCCAAUAGUCAAGGGUUUCAAAGGAUUAUCCACAGGCCUAGAGAAUGUUUCAAAUGGUUUAGAGCAAAUUACGAACGAUAUCGCCACUCGUCUCACCACAGCUAAUGCCGGUGCGAAUCCCGGUGCUACAAUGCUCGACAGGCUGGAUAGGCUGGAGAGGGUCACAGCUGGGUUUGAGAAUGAGGUAGAUAAAAAGUUCGGAGAUAUAAAGAGUCUUGCAAUUGAAAAUAUGACUGGGUUACUUCGCGAGAAGAAUUGCAAUUCAAUUCAACCUACUAAACUUCAAAAUACAUUGAGAGAGAAUAGCAGCAAAGUGAGAUUCAGUCUGACUGAUGGGAAACAUCUGAAAGAUACUCUGGGUAAUAGUCUUCCAUCGACUGAAUCCUUUACGAAUGCUACUGCGCCACCACCUGGAGCAGGAUCGGCGGUAGGAAGAGCAGCAAUGUUGGCCACUAGGACGGAGGAAUCUUCCAAAUUCUUCAAAGAUCAUUUCAAAACUAUCAGACAAUCAAUCACCGAACUGAUCAAGUGGAACAAUGCCGAUCGUGAUAAGGAGAACGUUUUGAGUAUACUUGGCAAAGACCUGAAUCAGAUACAUGAACAGAUGGUAGACAAUCAAAUUGCAGUUGAUAGUUUAAAAGAAUACGUACAGAGUGGUCAAAAUAGUUGGAUCGAUAAGAUGGAUCGUGAAUUGGAAGAUGUUCAACGAGAGGAAGAAAGACUGAAAGUGUUUAGAAAUAUCUUAUUAUCUUGA